AUGUUUAAUCCUAAACAGUUUCUUGCUCCAUUGUUGAUUCACGAGUGGAUCAUAAUGAAGGAUCUGUGGCGAGGCGGAGUCGGAUGGAACGAAAAGCUGAAAGAUGAACACUAUAAGCGGUGGCUGCAGUGGACAAAGUUGUUCUAUCUAAUCGACGAAAUACGAGUUCCUCGAAGUGAUGUUUCCACCGAUGCUGGAGAUACGGCGUAUGGGUGCGUCACCUACUUUAGGUUCGACUACGACGAAAUCAUUCACUGCGCAUUCGGUGAAGCGAAGGGGAAGGUGAUACCAUUGCAGUGUUUGUCCACUCCGAGGAAGGAGUUGGAAGCUGCGGUCUUGGUUAAUUCGAUUUGCGAAAACCGUUUUUUCCCGAUGAAGAGAAGAUUCCUGUAA